AAAUGUGUUUAUUUCGUUAUUCAUUAAUUAUAUUACAGAAAACUGUUCUUUACUUCUUUUUGCAACAUUACUAUCGAUUUGUCAUGAAUUCAUUACUGCAUUGACACAAGUAAAAUUAAAAGUAUGACAGAUACUUUUGGUAACAAUGCAGCAUUGAAGCGUUUCAAAAAGAUCCCCGUUUACGUGGUCGAAGAGCACAAUGAGGCGUUACAAUUUAUAUACUCUGCGAUUGGCGGGAAAAAGUUGCCGGUGGAAGGAAAUACGCUGGUGCAUCUGGACGCUCACCCUGACAUGCUGAUAGACCGUAUGCUGAGCGGGCAGGAGGCGCGCGCGGGCAAGAGCGUACUGCCCCUGUUGCAGAUCGAAAACUGGAUCGUGCCGGCGGCGGCGGCUGGUCACAUCGGCCGCGUGCUGUGGCUGCGCCCUCCCUGGGCCCGGCAAUUUACAGACGGUACUCGCCGUAUAAACGUAGGCGAUCACCCUAUGACGGGUUUACUUAGGGUCGACAGCAAGGAACCAUACUAUUUAUCGGACGCGCUUUACUCCUCCGAUCUCCUAAAUACUAGAGAAUUCACAUUCACAGUCGCAGAACUAUCUAAUGUAAAUUCUGAGCACUAUAUCGAGGAGUUUGCCAAAAACUUACAUAUUAGUGAGCCUUACGUACUGGAUAUAGAUUUAGACUUCUUUAGCACCGGUAAUCCAUUCCUAAGUUUGUAUGAAGACAUCGGACUUUACGAUCGCUUGGAGCCGAUAUUCAGUUUCGAGCUGCCGGCGGACGACGACGAGCAGACAGUGGAGAAAGUUGUCGCGUUACGGGAGCGCCAAUUGCAUGAACUCGAACACUUGUUCCAGUUUCUGGAAGAGCAUAACACGCUUGAAAACUACGAUGGAGAGAAAACGGAUUUGUUCAGAAGGGUAUCGAACCUAGCCGAGGUGGUGAGGGCGGAGGCGGAACGGCUGAGCGACAGCCCCGACUGGUGGGCCGUGUUCGCCGCGGGCUGCACGAGGGACAACGGCGGCCUGCCUUACCACAUCAGCUCGCAACAAGAGAUUGAACACUACGUCCGUGGGACUUUGAAACUAUUUCUAAGUCGCCUUCCUCCGCCCACACUCAUCACAGUCGCUCGAUCCACUGACGAUGGUUAUUGUCCACCUGAUCAAGUUGACUUCAUUCAAUCGCUGGUUUUACAAACGUUGCAAGAAAUCUAUAAUACUGACGAUCCUCAUUUAUACUACUUAAAUGUUAACAUACCCAAUUCAGAGGAAUAAAAUAUAUGAAAA